AUGUACGACCAGAGAUUGCAGGAUGGGUCGCGUAACGCGUGCAAUCUUCGAGCAGUGCUCAAGAGUGAUCUGAAGGCCAAUUUACCGUUCACCACUGCAUUAAAUUUCCAACGCCGACCGUCAGACAUGCAGACGGAUAUCGUGAGGGUUGAUGACCGCUUAGAGCUUUCGAGGGAUCCUUGGCACUUCGACCUCUUGGUGCGGGUCAUACAUAUCAUGGACGAUAAUAUGGUUAGGCCUCCCGUCGAGUUCGAUGCUCGGCUUUUUGAUGGGAAGUCGGAUGAAAUGGGUGCAGAUGUUUUCCGGAGAAAGGUCCAGGUUGCUGUUUCGUAG